AUGGCUGGUUAUAGAGACGGCCGUAUGAGUGUAAUUGCAGUAGUCUGUCAUAUCAUCUCUCGAUGGGCCCAUUGGAGUGGAUUGGAGGUUCCUUUUUCUUCUGGCAGUAUUGAAAAUUAUGGAACAUACGGCACAAAUGGUGGUCGGCCCAAUAUUAGACCCGACAGGGCCAUGCGCGUGCGAUAUGCACCUUCACUCGCUGCCAAGACUGAAACUGCCAUGGUGUUAGGCGGUGGAUUUGGCAAUGAGCUAGGCUCAAUCCCUCAGGGCUGCAGCGCUUUGAGGGGCACGACACCGCAUAAAGGCGUUGCUGCCCACAGUGAGUGGGUGGGAAUAGAUAGGAGGACAAGGAGGGGUAUGGGAUUCCGGACGGAGAUCGCCAACCUGCACGGGCCGUGGGGGUGCGCCAACUCCCGCCUGCUGUUUGGCGAGGCCAUUGUGAGUGCUGAAUUCGCACCGGAAUCGCAGAGCCGCACUCAUCAUAAAUACCGCAAUAUAUUUUCUAUAAGUCACAUGACUCCAUUUUAUUUCUCCAUUAACCUUGGAGGCUCAGUAAGGCUUUCAUCCUCUCUGAGGAUCUCUCCCCCUCUCUUCCUCCGUCUAUUUUGCCCCCGGGUUUUCUUCCGCUAUUCUCCCCUCUUGAAAUUGUUUCCCCCUUCCUUUCUCUCUCCGCUUCCCCUUUGCAUCGCUUGCGGAAGCAGGCGGCAGGCAGGCAAUUUAGAUUUCGUUGGAAUAAACGACCGAGGUUUGGGAAGGGCCUGCACUAAUUUGGCCUUUGUCAUCCUUAUCCCUCGGGGCCGACGACUUCGAAGGGCCAGGGCAAGAAUAAUUCGAGGUGGAAAUUCAAGGUACUUCAAAGAUGCAUUGACGAAUCCGCUAUUCACUGCAGCAUCCAAGUCAGACACUAUUACGCUGCGAUCUGUUCAUUGCGUACUGGCUCUGCACUUGCCCUACGUAGAUGCACCAAGAAAUGUGGUCGCGGUCGAAGCUGACAUCACGGCCGGAACGGAGUUCGCGCGCCAAAGGAGGAGGAGAUCUUCCGAGUCUGACUUAAACACUGGUGGCAACUUCCUAAGGCCUACUGAGAUAUAUGAGCCCGAUCAUUUUCCGGCCAUACAACACAUUAUAGUCUCUAGAUUUAUUCCAACCAAUCUAAAAAGGCCCACCUCAAGCCCCCACCCUCAGCUAUCGCAUCGAGGUCCUCCUCCCAAUGACAUUGUACCAAACCAAACUUCUGAAUUGCCUACCCGUCAAUUCAGCGGAAGCAAUAGAAUAGAACGAUUUCCCUCUAGUGAUCAAAUACGCGACGCCGGUAUUACUUGCUUUCUAGCACAUGUACCGGGCGUAUGGCAGGCUUUUAUUGCCCUCCAUAGAACUCUGUUGCAAGAACAGCAUGACUUUUUCCUUGCAUCGCAAGAUGCAAUUCGAGACACCCUGUGUGGCGAGACAAAUGAGGGGUACUUUGACUUUGAGCAACUAACCUUAAAUGUCUAUGAUCCACUCUUCCUUAAAAAUUACGUUCGUAUUGUUAAUAGCCUUGUCCGAGCCUCAGAACCUCCCUCUGAUGCUAGGAAGGCCGCCACGUCGAUCGGUACCUCCAGCGGAAGCGAGUCACCGAUCCUGGCUAAUGCGAGUGACCCUGCACCUCCCACUUUACACGACGUAGUAUAUCCGUGGCGCUCGGAAUAUCCUAAUCUAACCCAGGAUCGGGAGCAGCGCCGCGACUUAAAAAGGCUUAGCGCUUAUUUACUUCGACAACAGCCAUCCUAUACACUUCGAGAUGCGGUCUGUAGCGAUACCUACUUUGGUAACGUCAAAACAUACCAUCGCGUCGCCAUCGAGCGCCGAAAUCCGCUGAUAUCCCCUCCGCUGAUUGAACGAAAGGGAGGACAGAGAUACUCUAUAUCUAACUUUAGAAACAGGAAUCUAACGAGCGUCGUCUACUUCUAUACCGCCCUCUUUCCAUUCUCCCCCCUAAUCCCCCUAAUCCCCCAAAAACUCCCAACCCCCUCCCCUCCCGGCAUUCCAUUCCAUCCCCAUAUUCCACAACCCCAACCCCAAGGCUCAAAGCUAAACACAAUGCGCCAACCCCCCACCACAACUAUCCUUCCCCCCACAAACUGCCUUCGGUUCGACCGUCCAAUCUCCAGUACACAGCCAAAGACUAUUCCAAGCGUCUCCCGAAUUAAAAUCGCAUUUCCCGAGCACGUUGCAGAGAGUUCUGCGGAGGGGGGCGGGUUGGUGAAAAUGGGUGGAAUUGUAGGGAGGGGUUAUUGGAUGGGUGACGGUUUUGGGGAGGAAAUUACCUACACAGCACCGGGAUUGCAUUUUGUGGCGCGGGCAGAGAGGUCGUUAGGACUGGGGGAAGCCGCAGGGGAGGCGGAGAUGGCGGAUGUAAGGGCUAAGAGGAUGGGUUGUUUUGAGAAAAUGGGUUGUUGGAGGAUUGAUAGAGUUGAAGGGAUUAAAUAUAUGGAGUGGAAGGAGGUUGGCGUGAUGAGAAUGGAUGAACAUGAGAUGCCACCGUACCACCUCCCAGCUACUCUCCUCACCGAUAUAUACCGGCUCUACCGCCUCUUGCAUCGCAAGCAACUCCAAGUGAACAAGAACAAUCCUUUCACUUUAAGUCUAACUGUUCUACUCGCUUCACCGGUACAUGCCGGCUACACCGCGCGCCCCAUGCAACAGAUCAGGAUAGAAACAAAGACCUGA